CCACUCCCCCACCUCCCCCUUUUUCAACAUGGCUGCUGUGUCUGCUCUCUCAAGUAACGCUCAGAUUGGAGACUGACUCGAUUUGUACCUUUCAGUGCCUCUUAGAUUUCGGUGUACAUCAGCUUCGCUUGGAUGCAAAUCACGUUCUGCACCUUUUCGUUUCCCCUGCAUCCAUUCAGUGGAAUAACCUUCACCAAUCACUCCCUCCACUGGGCCUUUUCUCCCCAAAAACAACUGCCAGACAACUACAGUUUCCAGUGCCAUGGUUUGAGUAGGUGCACUCAGUUUUCCUCUUCAUGAACAAUGUGCGAAAACUGCGCCGAGCUGGUGGAGGUUUUAAAUGAAAUAUCGGAUGCAGACAGCAGUGAAGGAGGCUUCCAGCUGAAGAAGGAACAUGCCCUGCGAGUGCUCGGAUACAUCAGCUCCUGGACACAGAGACAAUGUCUCUGCUGCUUCAAGGAGUACAAGCACCUGGAGGUCUUUAACCAGCUGGUCUACGCACUCAUCAACCUGGUCAUUGCUCAGAUCAGCAGCCUGAGAGAACGCCUCUGCAGGGUCCAGGACCACACCCACAAAGUGGGCGUGUCUGAGACAGAGAAAGCUGAAUGGAGAGGGGAUGAGGCUGCACCUGGACCCCUCCCUCAGCCGUCCUCGCCCGGAGAGGACGAACCUGUGAAUGUAGAGAGAGACUCUGCUGAGGAGGAUGCAGAUGCCAUCGACCUGAAUCAGAACAAGAACCAGGGCCAGGGUCCGGGUCAAGGGGCCAGCCAGCCAUGUGAAGCCCAAAUGGAAGCACUGGGGCCUGGGGAGAGCAGCAGCGGUUCUGGGGGUGGUGGUGUUGGAGCAAACAGCAGCAGUGACAGCCUGGACCCAUUUAGCUCCUGGAGCACAGAGGAGCGGGAGAAACUGCUGCUGUGUGCUGCCAAGAUCUUCCAGAUCCAGUUCCCCCUCUACACAGCCUAUAAACACAACACACACCCCACAAUAGAGGACAUAUCUGCUCAUGAAAGCAACAUCCUUGGCUCCUUCUGCGACAUGAACGAUGUGGAGGUGCCUCUGCACCUGCUGCGCUACGUUUGUCUGUUCUGCGGGAAGCACGGCCUCUCUCUGAUGAAGGAGUGCUUCGAGUCGGGCACUCCCGAGAGCCUCCCCUUCCCCAUCGCCCACGCCUUUAUCACCAUCGUCUCAAACAUCCGGAUAUGGUUGCACAUUCCUGCAGUCAUGCAGCACAUCAUACCGUUCCGCACCCAUGUAAUACGGUAUCUGUGUAAGCUGUCUGAUCAGGAGCUGCGGCAGAGCGCAGCACGUAACAUGGCUGACCUGAUGUGGAGCACGGUGAAGGAGCCUCUGGACAGCGCGUUGUGCUUUGACAAGGAGAGCCUGGACCUUGCCUUCAAAUACUUCAUGUCCCCCACGCUCACCAUGAGGCUGGCAGGACUCAGCCAGAUCACUAACCAACUCCAUACCUUUAAUGAUGUCUGCAACAACGAGUCUCUGGUGUCGGAUACAGAAACGUCAAUAGCAAAGGAGCUCGCUGACUGGCUGAUUCACAACAAUGUGGUGGAACACAUAUUCGGGCCAAAUUUGCACAUUGAGAUCAUAAAACAGUGCCAAGUGAUCCUGAACUUCUUGGCUGCAGAGGGCCGACUCAGCACGCAGCAUGUGGACUGUAUUUGGGCUGCAGCGCAGCUUAAACACUGCAGCCGUUACAUCCAUGACCUUUUCCCCUCACUCAUCAAAAACCUGGACCCAGUGCCUCUCAGACACGUCCUCAACCUGGUGUCAGGCUUGCACCCGAGUGCACACACUGAGCAGACGUUGUACCUGGCCUCCAUGCUGAUCAAAGCUCUGUGGAAUAACGCCCUGGCAGCGAAGGCCCAGCUCUCCAAACAGAGCUCCUUCGCCUCCCUGCUCAACACCAACAUCCCAAUGGGCAACAAGAAAGGUUCACCGGCUGCCAGUCCAGACAGCAGCGACAACAGCGACACUCAACACAGCGGAGGCAGCGACAUGGAGAUGGAUGACCAGAUGAUGACGGGCAGCAAAAGGAGCCAGCAGAGGCUGUCGGACACAGAGGAGUCGAUGCAGGGCAGCUCUGAUGAGACGGCGAACAGUGUGGAGGAGGGCAGCAGUGGACCGGGCAGCAGCAGUGGACGCAGCGAGGCUUCCAGUAACGAGGCCGCCUCCAGCAGAGCCAGCCAAUCAGCCGGCAGCCCCGGCAGUGAGUUGCACUCUGACGACAUGGCGGAUAGCGAGGCCUUAAAGGAAGAGGAGGAGGAGGAUGAAGAAGAGGACGAUGAGGAGGAUGAUGAUGAUGAUGAUGAAGAGGAUGAAGAAGAGGGGAGCCGGUCAGCCACAGAGGGUGGGCAGCAGAAAGAGCACAGGGAGCAGAUGGAGUCCAGGAAGAGGAAGGCGGGAGAGGCACUCUGCGAGGGGCCAAACCAGGGGGCGGGACCUAGUGGUUCAGGGGGCGGAACUAAGACAAAGGGCCUUCCCUUUAACCCAGAUACUUCUGCAGUCAUGGGGGCAUCGACGUCUUUAGAAGGCCGAAUGAGGAUGAUGGACACUUGUUCUGUGUCUGCUCGGCCUGAGGGGGCGGAGCCUCAACAGCAGCCUCCUGAUAUCAAUCCCUCACAGAUGGUCCAGGGGCCUCAGGAGCCCACAUGUUUGCCGCGGCCUGGGGACUUCUUGGGGGAGGCUAUGGGAAGUGAGCUUUUUAAGUGUCGGCGCUUCAUCGGACCGCAGCACCACCACCACCAUCAUCAUCAUCAUCACCACCAUCAUCAUGAAGGUCCCAUGGUGGAGGACAUGCUGUCUGCAGACGACGUGAGCUGCAGCAGCUCCCAGGUCAGCGCCAAGUCAGAGAAAAACAUGGCAGACUUUGACGGCGAGGAGUCGGGCUGCGAGGAGGAGCUCGUCCAGAUCAACUCCCACGCUGAGCUCAGCUCCCACCUCCAGCAGCACCUCCCCAACCUGGCCUCCAUCUACCAUGAGCACCUGGUGCAAGGUCCAGCUGUCCAUAAACACCAGUAUUCGAGCGGCCACGCUGUGACUGACAUCAAUUUGGACAACGUUUGUAAGAAGGGGAACACUCUGCUGUGGGACCUGGUGCAGGAUGAGGACGCGAUCCACCUGUCUGAGGGUCUGAUUAAUGAAGCAGAGAAGCUGCUGUGUUCGCUUGUCUGCUGGUUCACUGACAGACAGAUCCGGAUGCGCUUCAUCGAGGGCUGCUUGGACAACUUAGCUCAUCACAGGUCUGUUGUAGUUUCCCUGCGUCUCCUACCUAAGCUAUUUGGCACUUUUCAGCAGUUUGGCUCCAGCUACGACACCCACUGGAUCACAAUGUGGGCGGAGAAGGAGCUGCACAUGAUGAAGCUGUUCUUCGACAACCUGCAGCACUACAUCCAGGAAGUCCGUGAACAGCGGCACAAGUUUGCACUGUACAGUCACAGCGCGGAGGUUCAGGUCCGUCUGCAGUUCCUCACCUGUGUCUUCUCCACACUGGGAUCUCCAGACCACUUCAGACUGAGUCUGGAGCAGGUGGACAUCCUGUGGCACUGCCUGGUGGAGGACUCAGAGUGCUAUGACGACGCUCUGCACUGGUUCCUCAAUCAGGUCCGAAGCAAGGACCAGCACGCCAUGGGCAUGGAGACCUACAAACACCUGUUCCUGGAGAAGAUGCCCCAGCUGAAGCCAGAGACCAUCAGCAUGACCGGCCUGAACCUCUUCCAGCACUUGUGUAACCUGGCUCGCCUCGCCACCAGCGCUCUGGACAACGCCUCCAGCUGUGAGUUGUGCGGGAUGGACCAGCUGUGGGGGAUUGCUCUGAGAGCUCAGUCUGCAGAUAUCAGCCGAGCUGCCAUCCAGUACAUCAACUCCUACUACAUCAACGCUGGUAAGACAGGACUGGAAAAGGAGCAGGAGUUUAUCAGGAAGUGCAUGGAGAGUCUGCUCAUGGCUUCAGCAAACCUGGAGAAGGACUCUCACUCCAGCCUGACCAGCAUCGAGAGGGGCCUGCUCAUGCUCAAAACUCACCUGGAGGCCUUUCGAAGGAGGUUUGCAUACCACCUGCGUCAGUGGCAGAUCGAGGGGACGGGGAUCAGCAGCCACCUGAAGGCCCUGAGUGACAAACAGUCUCUGCCGCUCAGGAUUGUAUGUCAGCCUGCCGGACUUCCUGACAAGAUGACUAUCGAGAUGUAUCCCAGUGACCAGGUAGCAGACCUGCGGGCUGAGGUGACCCACUGGUAUGAGAACCUGCAGAAGGAGCAGAUGAACCAGCAGGCUCAGCUGCAGGAGUUUGGUCAGAGUGGCCGUCAGCAGGGCGACUUUCCAGGUGGUCUGAUGGGUCCAGUCAGGAUGAUCUCUUCAGGCCAUGAGUUGACCACAGACUACGAUGAGAAGACUCUGCAUGAGCUGGGCUUCAAAGACAUGCAGAUGGUGUUUGUGUCUCUCGGAGCUCCUCGGAGGGAGAGGAAGGGGGAGGGUAUCCAGCUGCCGGCCUCUUGUCUGCCUCCUCCUCAGAAGGAGCACAUCCCCAUGCUGCUGCUCCUCCAGGAGCCACACCUCACCACGCUGUUCGAGCUGCUGGAGAUGCUCGCAUGCUUUAAACCACCCAGGCCAAACGCUGAGAUGGUCCACGACAACCCAGAGAGUGUGCGGUGUGAGGAGCUUCACCUUCACGCAGAGAAUCUGUCUCGGCGAGUUUGGGAGCUGCUGAUGCUGCUGCCUACAUGUCCCAAGAUGCUUCAAGCUUUCCAGAACAUCUCAGACGACGCGAAUGGGGAGGGUCUAUGCUGGAAGGAGCUGCUGAGGAUUAAAAGUCCACACAAGCUGCUGUACGCUCUGGAGAUCAUCGAGGCACUGGGCAAACCAAACCGACGCAUCCAUCGGGAGUCCACUGGUAGUUACAGUGAUCUGUAUCCAGACUCCGAUGACUCCAGUGAGGAUCAGAUAGAAAACAGCAAAAACACCUGGAGCUGCAAGUUUGUUUCUUCUGGAGGUCUGCAGCUGCUCCUGGAGAUUUUUAACUCUGGCAUCCUGGAGCCCAAAGAUCAGGAGUCCUGGACUGUGUGGCUGCUCGACUGCCUGGCCUGCCUGCUGAAGUUAAUCUGUCAGUUCGCGGUGGAUCCUGCAGACCUUGACCUCGCCUACCACGACAUCUUUUCUUGGUCCGGCCUCGCUGACAGCCAAAGGAAGAGGGCAUGGCCGGGGAAAUCCCGAAAGUCCACCGUGGAGCAUGGGAAAGGCCUGCACAUCCCCCGACUCACUGAGGUGUUCCUCAGCCUAGUACAAGGAACCAACCUCAUCCAACGUCUGAUCAACGUGGCCUACACCUACGACAACCUUGCACACAGAGUCCUCAAGGCUCAGUCAGACCACAGGUCUCGCCAUGAAGUGACUCAUUACUCCAUGUGGUUGCUGGUGAGCUGGGCUCACUGCUCCUCCGCUGUGAAGUCCAGUCUGGCUGACAGUGACCACCUUCAUGACUGGCUGAAGAAACUCACCCUGCUGGUGCCCGAGCCGGCGGUGAGACACGAGGCGUGUAACGGCCUCUACAAACUCUCUCUGUCGGGUUUGGAGGGCGGAGAGUCCAUCAACAGAUCCUUCCUGCUGCUUGCUGCAUCCACACUCCUCAAGUUCCUGCCAGAUGCUCAGGCCCUCAAACCGCUGAGGGUGGAGGAUUAUGAAGAGGAGCCUCUGUUAAGGACGGGCUGUAAGGAGUAUUUCUGGCUGCUCUGUAAACUCAUUGACAACAUCCACGUCAAAGACGCCAGCCAGAAGGUCUCUCCCUCUCUGUCGCUGGCCGGCUCGAUACAGACCACCCUGCUGGACCUGGACGCUCUCGCUCGACACCUCGCCGACUGCAUCAGGAGCCGUGAGAUUCUGGACCAGCAGGACGGGAUGAUCGAGGACGACGGGUUGACUGGCCUCCUGCGUCUUGCCACCAGUGUCCUCAAACACAAGCCCCCUUUUAAGUUCUCCCGUGAGGGUCAGGAGUUCCUGCGGGAUGUCCACAACCUCCUCUUCCUCCUGCCCAGCCUGGCUGACCGCGCUCAGCCCAAAUGCAAGUCACACGCUGCCCGGGCCGCCGCUUACGACCUGCUGGUGGAGACGGUGAAGGGCUCUGUGGAGAACUACCGUCUGCUCCACAACUGGGUCAUGUCACAGCACAUGCAGGCCUCUCACGCCCCGUACAAAUGGGACUACUGGCCUCACGAUGACGUCCGGGCCGAGUGUCGCUUCGUUGGUCUGACUAACCUGGGAGCCACCUGUUACCUGGCCUCCACCAUCCAGCAGCUCUACAUGAUCCCAGAGGCCCGCCAGGCCGUCUUCACUGCCAAGUAUGCUGAGGAUAUCAAACACAAAACCACUCUUCUGGAGCUGCAGAAGAUGUUCACAUAUCUCAUGGAGAGCGAGAGGAAAGCGUACAACCCCCGGCCCUUCUGUAAAACCUACACCAUGGACAAACAGCCUCUGAACACCGGGGAGCAGAAAGACAUGACCGAGUUCUUCACUGACCUCAUCACCAAGAUAGAAGAGAUGUCCCAGGAGCUGAAAAACACAGUGAAGACUCUGUUUGGAGGCGUCAUCACCAACAAUGUUGUCUCUCUGGACUGUGACCACGUCAGUCAGACUGCAGAAGAGUUCUACACCGUCAGGUGUCAGGUGGCAGACAUGAAGAACAUCUAUGAAUCUCUGGAUGAGGUGACGAUAAAGGACACUCUGGAAGGCGACAACAUGUACACCUGCUCCCAGUGUGGCAAGAAAGUCCGUGCAGAGAAAAGAGCGUGUUUCAAAAAGCUGCCCCGGAUCCUGAGCUUUAAUACCAUGAGAUAUACCUUCAACAUGGUGACCAUGAUGAAGGAGAAGGUCAAUACCCACUUCUCCUUCCCCCUACGCCUUGACAUGACGCCGUACACUGAGGACUUCCUCAUGGGCAAAGGGGAGCGCAAAGAGGGUUUUCGGGAAGACGGUGAGGCUAAAGACACGGAGAGCUACGAGUACGAUCUGAUCGGUGUCACAGUUCACACAGGCACAGCAGACGGCGGCCAUUACUACAGCUUCAUCAGAGACAUCGUCAACCCUCACGCCUACAAGAACAAUAAGUGGUACCUGUUCAAUGACGCAGAGGUGAAGCCCUUUGACUCAGCACAGCUGGCCUCUGAAUGCUUUGGUGGAGAAAUGACGACCAAAACCUACGACUCUGUUACAGACAAGUUUAUGGAUUUCUCUUUUGAGAAGACACACAGUGCCUACAUGCUCUUCUAUAAGAGGGUGGAGCUGGAGGAGGAGAACGGGAAGGAUUUUAAUUUUGACGUCUCUCCUGAUCUACUGGAGUGGAUUUGGCACGACAACAUGCAGUUCCUCCAGGAUAAGAAUAUAUUUGAACACACUUAUUUUGGUUUCAUGUGGCAGCUCUGCAGCAGCAUCCCCAGCACACUACCAGACCCUAAAGCUGUCUCCCUCAUGACAGCCAAGCUCAGCACAUCAUUCGUACUCGAGACUUUCAUUCAUUCAAAGGAGAAGCCCACCAUGCUGCAAUGGAUUGAACUUCUCACCAAACAAUUCAAUAACAGCCAGGCGGCCUGCGAGUGGUUUUUGGAUCGGAUGGCUGAUGACAACUGGUGGCCGAUGCAGAUCCUCAUAAAGUGCCCAAAUCAGAUAGUCCGACAAAUGUUCCAGAGGUUGUGUAUUCAUGUCAUCCAGAGGCUUCGUCCAGUUCAUGCUCACCUCUACCUGCAGCCCGGCAUGGAGGACGGCUCUGAUGACAUGGACAGCCCGGUGGAGGACAUCGGCAGCCGAUCCUGCGUCACUCGCUUUGUAAAGACCCUCCUGUCCAUCAUGGAGCACGGAGUCAAACCUCACAGCAAACACCUGACUGAGUACUUCGCCUUCCUCUACGAGUUCGCCAAGAUGGGAGAGGAGGAGAGUCAGUUCUUAUUAUCACUACAAGCUAUUUCCAUCAUGGUGCAUUUCUACAUGGGGACCAAAGGUCCUGAGAAUCCCCAGGUGGAGGUUCUGUCAGAGGAGGAAGGAGAGGAGGAGGAUGAGGAGGAGGACAUCUUGUCUCUGGCGGAGGAGAAGUAUCGUCCUGCAGCUCUUGAGAAGAUGAUCGCCCUUAUUGCUCUGCUGGUGGAGCAAUCUCGCUCUGAGAGACAUCUAACUCUGUCUCAGAGCGACAUGGCGGCGCUAACUGGAGGGAAAGGCUUCCCCUUCCUCUUCCAGCACAUCAGAGACGGCAUCAACAUCAGGCAGACAUGCAACCUCAUCUUCAGCCUCUGUCGCUAUAACAACCGCCUGGCUGAGCAUAUUGUGUCGAUGCUCUUCACUUCCAUCGCAAAACUAACUCCUGAGGCUGCUAAUCCUUUCUUCAAACUGCUGACAAUGCUGAUGGAGUUUGCAGGUGGACCACCAGGGAUGCCCUCCUUCGCCUCCUACAUCCUCCAGAGGAUCUGGGAGGUGAUCGAGUACAACCCGUCUCAGUGUCUGGACUGGCUGGCUGUUCAGACUCCCAGGAACAAACUGGCUCACAGCUGGGUCCUGCAGAACAUGGAGAACUGGGUGGAGCGCUUCCUGCUGGCCCACAACUACCCCCGUGUUCGCACAUCGGCGGCGUACCUCCUCGUCUCCCUCAUCCCCAGCAACUCUUUCCGUCAGAUGUUUCGCUCCACACGCUCCCUCCACCUGCCGACCCGAGAGCUGCCACUGUCCCCCGACACCACCGUGGUCCUCCACCAGGUCUACAACCUGCUGCUGGGGCUGCUGGGACGCGCCAAGCUCUACGUGGACGCCAGCGUUCACGGCACCACCAAGCUGGUUCAGUACUUCAGCUUCAUGACGUACUGCCUCAUCUCCAAGACCGAGAAACUCAUGUUCUCCGGGUACUUUAUGGACCUCUGGAACCUCUUCCAGCCUAAACUGUCAGAGCCUGCCAUCGCCACCAACCACAACAAGCAGGCUUUGCUGUCCUUCUGGUACAACAUGUGUGUGGACUGUCCAGAGAACGUCCGCCUAGUGGUGCAGAACCCCGUGGUGACCAAGAACAUCGCCUUCAACUACAUCCUGGCUGACCACGACGACCAGGAGGUGGUGCUGUUCAACCGUGGCAUGCUGCCCGCAUACUACGGCAUCCUGCGCAUGUGCUGCGAGCAGUCGCCCGCCUUCACCCGACAGCUCGCCUCGCACCAGAACAUCCAGUGGGCCUUCAAGAACCUGACGCCGCAUGCUAGCCAGUACCCCGGGGCGGUGGAGGAACUGUUCAACUUGAUGCAGUUGUUUGUGGCGCAGCGAGCUGACAUGAGAGAAGAAGAGCUGGAGGACGUCAAACAGUUCAAGAAAACCACCAUCAGCUGCUACCUGCGCUGCCUGGACGGACGCUCCUGUUGGACUACGCUUAUCAGUGCCUUCAGGGUUCUGCUUGAGAACGACGAGGACCGACUUCUGGUGGUCUUCAACAGAGGACUCAUCCUCAUGACUGAAUCCUUCAACACUCUGCACAUGAUGUACCACGAGGCCACAGCGUGUCACGUCACCGGUGACCUGGUGGAGCUGCUCUCUAUUUUCCUUUCUGUCCUGAAAGCUACCAGACCGUACCUGCAGCGCAAAGAUGUGAAGCAGGCUCUGAUCCAGUGGCAGGAGAGGAUCGACUUUGCCCAUAAGCUGCUCACACUCCUCAACUCCUACAGCCCACCAGAGCUCCGCAACGCCUGCCUGGACGUACUAAAGGAACUGGUUCUGCUGAGUCCACAUGACUUCCUGCACACUCUGGUCCCCUUCCUGCAGCACAACCACUGCACCUACCACCACAGCAACAUCCCCAUGUCGUUCGGUCCUUACCUGCCUUGCAGAGAAAACAUCAAACUGAUGGGAGCGAAGAACAACAUCAGACCCCCGAGACCGGAGCUCAACAUGUGUCUUCUGCCCUCCAUGGUGGAGAGCUGCAAGGGUAAAGACGAAGUGUACGACCGGAUGCUGCUGGAUUACUUUCUUUCUUACCACCAGUUCAUCCACCUGCUGUGUCGCGUCGCCAUCAACUGCGAGAAAUUCACAGACACACUUGUCAAACUUAGUGUGUUGAUAGCGUAUGAAGGACUCCCUCUUCACCUCGCACUCUUCCCCAAACUGUGGACUGAGCUCUGUCAGUCACAGUCAGUUCUGGCUAAAACGUGUGUGAAGCUUCUGUGUGAGGACCCGGCCUUCAGCGAGUACAUCAAGUGCAUCCUGAUGGAUGAGAGGACGUUUCUCAACAACAACUUGGCCUACUCCUUUCUCACCUGUUUCCUGCACAAGGUGCAGUUGCUGUCUGGCCCCAGCUGCUCUAACCUGAUUGGUGUUCUGGUGACAAACCUGCUGAGUGAACAGAGCAGUCUGCAGCCUGAAUUGGCCGCUCAUAGAGUGGAGCUGAGCAAGACCAGCGGACUGCUCAACGCUGACCUGAGGGCUUUGGUGCUCCUCCUCUCUGUUCAGCCUCCUCAGGCCGUUGACUCCGCCCUCUGCCCCGCCCUGCAGGAGCUGCUUGGUCGUUGUCGUGUAUGUGUACAGCAGCGCAGUGCUCUAGAGCUCGAGGCCAAGGACCACAAAAGCAAAGCUGAGGAUGAAGGAGCGACCCCUGUGAAGCGACGGAGGGUGAGCAGUGAUGACGACAGAGCUGGUGAUGCAGCUGCGCCACUUUGCAUGGCCUCCACCUCCUCGGCUCUCCCACCCUGUAGUGACCCCAAGCCUGACCACCAGGAGGCACUGACGCCCGCUAGCACCUCUGACACAGAGACACGAGACUCGUCCUCUCUGAUCGACCCAGGCACUGAGCAGGACCCACCCACUCCUGACCCAGCCCCCACCUCCUCUGGGAACCUGGAGUCCUCCCCUAAAGAGGAAAAGAUGGAGGCCUCUUCUUCCUCUUCCUCCUCCUCCUCCUCCCUGCUGCAGGAGGCAGGGGAGGAGUUUGCACAGGGGGAGGAGCCUGACCUGCAGCGACAUGCUGCAUCAGGUGAGGAGGAGGAGUUGGAGCAGCAGGACGGGAGGAGGGGGGAGGUAAUGUCUGCUGCAUCAGACGAGGUGAAGGAAGACAAGGAGGCAGGAUCUAAGAAUGGCAGCUCUGCCCCGCCCCUUUCAGAGGACGCUGUUUUCCCAUCAGCCCUUGGUCUGGGGGGGGAGGAGCCAGAGAGCUGCAGUAACCACGCCCCCUCCUCACAGGUGUUUCCCAGCACCAGCCCCCCACCUGACAUGCUGGACAUGCUGUACAGGACAGUGGAAGCCACCAUCACCAUAGUUACCAACAUGUCUGUAAAAGGCCCGCCAUCUUCAUGACAUCAUCAACUCAAAGCCGCCAUGAGAUCCUUUUAAAACUUUUAUUUUCCUUCUUGUUUAUUUUCUCCUUUUCAGAAAUCUGAAUUCUGCACCAAGGAAAAAAUAAUUUCCUGUUUUCCAGUUUCUUCUUCUUCUGCUGUUUUUCGUGCUGCUGUUUGUUGCCUUCUGCUGAUGUUAAGUCGGUCGGUUUUCCCAGCUUCAGUGGCUCCCGCUGUGUCGUUUUGGCUCUAUAAACUCUGACUCCGUGCACAGCCGACCCCCCUCGUUUGACUGAUAAAGAAGAAAAUCAGAAAAAAGUCGUACAAAGCUAUAGCACAUUUUUUUCAAAGGGCAAAAAAUAGUUUUUGUUUUGUUUUCGUGUGUUUUAUACUGAUUUGAAUUUGUUUUGAAAAUUGAUUUUAUUUGCUGUAACGGGGAAAGGUUUACAGAACUUUUGUCUCCUCUGUAUGUAAUUUAAUUUUAUUGCAUUUUUACUGUGUAUAAAAAUCGUUGUCCUCUGUGCCAGUUUUGUACUUUAUGAACAAGGCAAAAGAAAGUUGCCUUGACUUUUUCUGUGGUUUAAUUAUCCAGAAACUAAGUUUACCUGUAAAUUAAGAGAACCUCGAGAAACUUGAUUCUGUAAAGAAUCCUCUCUAGUCAUUGCCUGAAGGUGUAUAUGAAAACUAUAUAAAUAUAUAUAUAAAUAUCUUUAUAUAUAUAUGAAUAUAUAUAAAAGCGGUGCUUUAUUUGACUGUGGUUGAAAUAAAGCCGCCAUGUUGGACCAGCUGGAGCUUUAUUUUCUUUAGUUAAGUACAUUCCAUAAUCUAUUGUUUAUUUUUGCUGCUUUCGCUGUGUUCUGAUUUUCUCCUGAUUUUAUUUUAAUAGAGAAUAAAUUAAUAAAACCGUUUUAAUAUGAAGAAUUAUCAACUAAAAACCA